ACACAACUUUACCCAAUGCAGGCUCACCCUGCCAAGGCGAGUUUGCAUGUCACAACCCGUUUGCAGCCAUAUCAAACCACCCAUCCCAGGGUCAAACCAACAAGAGAAAACCCAUCCCUUGCUUAAUGCGUGGCAAUGGGACAACAGAACAACAGCAACACUAUGCAGGAACCCAACCAGAAAUCCCUGCCCAGGCAAUCCGCUUUGCACUGCACUCGCUCCCGGAAAGCCACUGUCUCCGCAUCCAUCAACACCUCCCUCCUUCGGUGCCAUGCGACACUACAACUCGCCCGCAGCAGUAGUGUCUCCUCCCCAUCCGUCACCCCCCUUCCCCCAUCCGGGCUAGCGGGGACCUCCGCCUCAGAAGACCAGGAUCGGCGCGACAUCCACCUGUCGGCCCUCUGCCACGCAGACGACGCCCUAGCCACGGCGCUGGCUUUCAACCUGCAUCAGGCACGCGCCCGUGCGUAUCUCUUCAGGGGACACUCCCUUGUCCGUCUCGGAGAGUGGGAGCGAGCUCACGGGGCUUAUGUGCGGGCCGCGAGUGUCAUGGGGCCUGGCUGGAGAGAUGCGGACAUUGAAGGGUUGACGAGGAGGUGCUUGUGCGAAAUGGGCUGCAUCCCCCAGGAAGUGGGGCCGAACGACGUGCGAGGGCGUCGAGGGCGUCGAGCUGCGGGAAAACCGACCCUGCCUGGCGAGACUUGCAUAGGGCCUUCUUGCCAGGGGGGCAGCGAGGGCAACAACAGGCAAGGGGACAAAGGCACUACCCGAGAUGCCACCAAGGGAGACGGUGGCAGACGGGCAAGGGGUAAGGUGAGGCUCGAUUCUGGUGAAAGCAUGCCGGAGUUGUGGUUGUUUCAUGGUUCUGCCCAUCAUGGCGACAAAGAACUACGAAAAUCACGAGGAGAGCAGCACCGGAAAAUCAACAGGGGUACCUGUUGUGACAGAGACGAGUUGAGACCCCAUGCUAACCUUCGUAAAGAUAUUGCACUGAACGAAGACGGGGAGUUUCUCGUUCGGCUGCAGGACGGGACGGUCGUGGCUGUUUCACGGAAACGACCCAUUUUGAGACGGGUUACCGCGAUGCGGGAAAUGCAUCAGAAGACCAGAGUGCCUAGACAAAGGGAGAUCCAGGGGGAGACCGAAAAUAGCUCCCAUGACGCCUUGUGCUUGGGGGUUUGGGCCGCCGUGAAGCGUCGGCCCCCAAAACGUGUGCCCAUAUAGAGAAAUAGGGCAGGGGGCUCGGCGUGGUUGGGUAGAACCUUGACAUCAAAGGGUUCGAGUUUACGAGCAUCGGUUUCUUUGUUCCCUGAAUAGGACACCCCAUGGUCGUCCUCGAGACUAGCCGAAGUCUGGAUGUUUCUUUGUUGGUGAAAAGAAACUGCAAUGUGCUCUCCUUUGUCCUCUGGGUGCGAAAGUCAAUGUUGUUUGUCCGGAUCCGC